AAUCUUGUGUGCCAAGGACUCAAGGACUCAAAGAUGCAAACAAAUCCACCGACUUUAUAGGACACUAAUUACUCGUCUCGCACCCAGCCUGACCAGCGUUUGAUCCGUCACUUGAAACAUAUCAUUGGCCACUUGAUUGAGAUCUCGCUUGCUCUGUGAUCUUCAAUGUAAGUGCCAGAAGACUGAUUUCACGCGGAAGGAUUGACUCAGUGAGUCCAAUGAUGGGUCGUGGUUCAACAAUUCUCCUAGUCUUCUUGCUCUCGCUUCUCUUAAAUGUCGCCGUUCACUGUAAAACCCUCAAGCGUGACGUGAAAGCUUUGAAUGAGAUCAAAGCAUCUCUGGGAUGGAGGGUGGUGUAUGCUUGGGUUGGAGAUGAUCCAUGCGGAGACGGUGAAUUACCUCCUUGGACAGGGGUAACAUGCUCCACCGAGGGUGAUUAUCGAGUUGUCACUGAAUUGGAAGUCUAUGCUGUUUCAAUAGUAGGUCCUUUUCCCACAGCUGUAACAAACUUGUUGGAUCUCACCAGGCUGGAUCUGCAUAAUAACAAGUUGACUGGUCCCAUUCCUCCUCAAAUUGGGCGAUUGAGACGUCUUAAAAUACUUAACUUAAGGUGGAAUAAGUUGCAAGAUAUCAUUCCUCCUGAAAUAGGUGAACUAAAGAAGCUAACACAUCUCUACCUGAGUUUCAAUAAUUUUAAGGGUGAGAUCCCCAAGGAAAUUGCUAAUCUUCCUGAGCUUCGCUAUCUCCAUCUUCACGAAAACCAUUUCGUGGGAAGAAUCCCACCUGAGCUGGGAACUUUACAAAAUCUUAGGCAUUUGGAUGUUGGUAACAAUCGCCUGGUGGGGACAAUUCGGGAACUCAUACGCAUUGAAGGAUGCUUUCCGGCUCUUCGUAACCUUUAUUUGAACAAUAAUUAUAUUACUGGGGGCCUUCCUUCACAACUUGCAAAUCUGACUAAUUUGGAGAUUUUGUAUCUAUCAUACAACAGAAUGACUGGUAUUAUACCCCCAACCAUUGCUCGUAUUCCUAGCUUAACAUAUUUGUUUGGACCACAAUCAGUUCUCAGGAAGAAUUCCUGAUGCUUUCUAUAAACAUCCCUUCUUAAAAGAACUGUACAUAGAAGGGAACACAUUCCGGUCUGGUGUAAAUCCCAUUGGCGUCCACAAAGUCUUGGAACUUUCCGACUCCGAGUUCAUAUUUUAGGAAUCAAUAAAUCUUUCUGGUUUGAAUCUAGUCAUGUUUUUUGUAGUUAGAAUUUGGCCAUCUUUGCAAUAUUAGCUACAUUCAAGAAUGUAAAAUCAAAUUAGUUUCCGAACAUUUGAAUAAUUAAAUGAAUAACUAUAUGUAUUUCUACAAAUUAGUAUGCCAACAUAUGCAAUUCCAUUAUUUAACUUUAUGUAAACAAAGUGGCUAUGUUACUUUGGGGAAUAUGGAAGCGGCGAAACCGAAGGCAACCGAGGUCUGGAUUGCAGCUGGAGUGUGCACAGGGGAUGCUAGCACGGGAUUGGAGGUUUGGCUUCAGAAUCUGCUCUCGGGACCGAACAAGGAGUUGCGCUGCAAAGUGGCUAUGUUACUUUGGGGAAUAUGGAAGCAGCGAAACUCUUUUGUCUGGAACGAUGAGUGGCAACAACCGGCUGGUUUGAUCAAUUGCUGUGCUGGAAUGCUGCGUGCGUGGAGGGAUGCGCAGCAGCCAGCGGCAUCUGGGAAUGGCAGCUCGUCUUCGAGUAAUGUAAGGUGGAAGAAACUGGGUACGGGAAGAGUCAAGGUGAACAUUGAUGCGGCUUUAGAUAUAGCUAGAGGAGUUCGAGCUUGGAGUUGGGUGGCAAGGAAUGACAGCCGACAACGGCGAGUUUGUGAAAGCUGGGGGAGGUUCUUGCGAGGCAGGAUGGGAACCGGAGGAGGCUGAGGCAUACGGGCUAAGGGAGGCAGUCCAUGCAGCUAUAAAGGAAAGGUGAUAGCGGGUGGAUUUCGAAACUGAUGCACAAACAGUUGUCCAGAAUCUUAAAAAGGGUGGCGGAAUGGCGUAUAGGGAUUUAUUGAUUGACGAUAUUCGCUUCCUACUAAAGGAAAAGAGUUCUUACGGAAUCUCUUAUUGCAAACGGUCUGCGAAUCGUGUGGCUCAUGCCUUGGCGAGAGCACAUGUCAAUAUCUCAGAUCUUAGUGUUAGCUAUGAGAUGAGUUUGUUCCUGAUUGUAUUGUAAGCCCGUUGGCUAAUGAUCUUCUAUUAAUAUAAGUUGUUGGUUGUGUUUUCAAAAAAAAAAAAAAACUUUAUGUAAACAAAAUAUUAUUUGUAAAUUCCAACAUAUGCAAUUCAGUGUAUUUAACAAUUAGGAGACUCAAUCGACAAGUUUUUGAACUGAAAGCAAAUUGGCUGAUUGCUCCCAAACCUGUAGUGGCACCAUAAAUUCUAUGCGAUUCACAACCGGACCAAUAGUAUGAAUUCAGGUUGCUACAUAAAGGGGGCUAGGACAGGAUAUAGACUGACCUGUUUCAAACCAUGAACUUCAUCCAACUGUGGUAUGUGAUUUCUCACCAGCAACAAACUCAUGAACAACACCAUUAAUCUCCACAGAACUGCAACCUGGAGUCUUGUCUAUACGUUCCAUCAUCAUCAUCUUCCUCACCCUCUUUGCACCGUCGUGUUUGCCUGUUGCAUCAUAAAGGUUUGAAAGCAAAACAUAAGCUCCGCUGUGUCGUUCCAACUGUACGACCUUCUCUGCAGCUACCUCGGCCAAACGAACCUCUCCAUGAUUGACACAAGCACUUAACAAUGCUCUCCAUGCCACAGCAGCUUCUUCUUCUGUCUUGGGCAUGCUAAGAACUAGACUUCUUGCUUCUUCAAGAAGACCCUCUCUGCUAAAGAGGUCUAUCAUACAACCGUAGUGUUCCCCUUUAGGCUGGAUUUUAUAUUUAUUGCACAUUAUGUUCAGUAACUUUAGACCUUCCCUUGCCAUACUACCUGAACAACAACUACGACAAGCAGUUAACAUGGAAAUGAAGGUAACAUCAUCUGGUCGUGUACUACUAUUUUGCAUCUCUCGGAAUAAUCUUAUUCCCUCUUCACCAUUCCCAUUCAUUGCAAAUCCAGAAAUCAUGGCAUUCCAACAAAUAACAUCUCUGUCAGGUAUUUCAUCGAACAGUUUUUUGGCUAAAUCCAAACACCCACAUUUUGCAUACAUAUCAACAAGAGCAGUGCCUAAUCUCACAUUCAUGGGAAUGCUCAACUUUUCCACAUAUCUAUGCACCCAUUUGCCAAUGUCAAUUGAACCCAGGUGGGCACAAGCUGAGAGUAUGCUGACCAGAAUCAUCUCAUCAGGCUCAACCCCAGUCAUCUGCAUUACCCUAAACAACUGCAACCCUUCUUUGAAACAAUUGUUCUGUACAUACCCAGAUAUCAUGGACCCCCAUACCCCUCUAUCCUUCACUGGCGUCUCAUCAAAAACCGAUCUUGCUUCAUAAACUUCACCUUUUCUUGAAUACCCAGAAAUCAGAACUGUCCAAGCCACCACGCAAUGGCGAGGCAUUUCAUCAAACACGUACCUUGCAGAUUCCAUUUCACCAAGAACAGAGUACAUACCAAGCAGACCAUUCCCAACAUAGCUGUCGACCAGGAAUCCCAGUUUUAGGCAAUGCCCGUGAAUUGCUCCGCCAAGGUUGCAACUUCUCAUAUCAGCACAAGCUUUCAAGAGAUAAGGGAGGGUGUAGUUAUCCGGGCACAUCCCGAUUUCCAGCAUGUGUUUGUACAUUUCCACUGUUCUGGUCAGCUCACCCUUGAGAAAGAAAGCUUUGAUCAUGGUGUUGACAAUGCAGAUUGUGGGUUCUUGAAUCCUGUUAAAGAUUUUCAAUGCAUAGGAGGUUGUGAUGGUGGCGCUUCCGUCUAGGUUGGGGUGUGAGCAGAAGAAGGCUACUAGCCUGCUGAGAGCAUAGGUGUUGUGGGCAAGCCCACUUGUGAAGAUCUGGCCAUGAGCUUGCCUCAGUUGCUUCAGAUUCUGGCAUUUCUCCAGAAGCUUGAGGCAUCUGCUGCUUGCUAACAUUACCCUUCACAUCAGGCGGUUUAUGUUAACUCUCUUGUUGAGUACAAACCGCUGCUUCCCGCAAGGAAAGGAAGAGAG